GAGUAUAUUGGUUAAUAUUAUACAUAAGUAUACUGUGGUGUUUGCUUCUGUCUUUUAGAAUCGUACCAUUUCUCGAAAUAAAGCUAUAUAAUAUCGAAAAAAAGCUAUUCGUGAUUGCUUUCGUUGAUAUAGUAUUUUAAUUUUACGUUCAAAAUAUUUUUUUUUUGCUGACCUGUUAUUUUAAUACCUUGAAAUAUAAAUAUAGAGACCGGCGUGGCGUGGCUCCUAAACGUAGUAUUAUCUUGGUCAAUUUUGGAUGAAAACUAUCUAGUCUUUUAGUAUGAAUGAUAACAAUGAAGUCUUCAGUAUAAAUUACAAAAAAUCUUUACAAUAUUGGGCAGAUAUACCGCCUACGGUCGAUGGAGUACUCGGGGGAUUUGGAUUUAUUUCAAAUGCGGAUAUAGAAGGAUCUGAGCUUUUCCUGAAGUCUUUACUUUCCUCAGAGAAUGCUCCUUCAAAUAAUGUUGCACUAGACUGUGGUGCUGGAAUUGGUAGAAUAACAAAAUAUUUAUUAAUACCACAUUUUGAAUCAGUUGAUGUGGUUGAACCAGAUGAAAAAUUUAUUAAUUCUAUUAAAGAAUAUGUGGGUGAAGUUGCAUCAAAACUGGGCACACUGUACAAAGUCGGUUUACAAGAGUUUGUGCCUGUCAGAAAAUAUGAUGUUAUUUGGAAUCAGUGGGUACUAGGGUAUCUCACUGAUGAGGAUUUAGAAGCUUAUCUCAAACGAUGCAGAGAUUCGCUUUCCGCUAAUGGGAUAAUAGUUGUAAAGGAAAAUGUUACUUCUUCUGGGAAAGUUGAAAAAGAUUCUACUGAUUCAUCAGUUACAAGAUCUUUUAAACAAUAUAUUAAAAUAUUUAAGAAAUGUAAUUUGAAAAGAAUUAAGCAAUGUAAACAAGCUAACUUUCCAAACGGAAUAUAUCCGGUAUAUAUGUUUGCAUUAGUACCUAAUAAUAAGGAAAUAGAAAAAUAAAUGGAUCAUAGUAAUUGAUACAAAAAAUAAUGUAAUUAUUUCAUAAUGAAGCUUUAAUAAACAUGCUAAUGUCUAA